AUGAUGGAGUUUAACUUAAGAGAAGUAUUUUCAAUUUUGGAUGAAAACCAUGAGGGACAAAUACAAUUGCGUCGUUUUGUUGAUGUUGCUAAUAACUAUUAUUCAGAUGCUGAACAACUUGCUGGAAUAACAAAAGCGCUAGAUCCCAAGAAUACCGGUUUCAUUAAUUUUGAUCAAUUUUGUCAAGGCAUCGCUCAAAUAAGUUCAUUGCAAGGUGUAUCUCUAAAAGAUGUUGCAUCCGAUUUAACACGUCUCAGCCGAGAAAAUUCAUUGGUGGAAGACUCUGAUCAACGUAGUCUGAAAACAAAUAAUGGUUUCGAUUUUUCUUUAUCAAAUUUUAUAAUCGACGAGAAUCAAGACGGUAGCACGACAACAUUUAACGAAUACGACGUUGACAGCGAGGACACAUCUCAUCUUCACAAUAGUAGCAAACCACACUCAAAAACCAAUAUUAAAAAUAAAACAUCGAUUCAUAUUCAAAGCAGCAGUCCAAAUAGUCAAUCGAUCUCACCAAGAUUGGAUUCGGCUAUUUUCGGCGACGAAGAAGAGUUCAGCGGUGUAGCUGAACCUGAUUCGAGUAAUUAUCUAUCGGAUUCAAUUACCCGUCCACGUCCUACCACGCCUCAGCGUGUCUCUGAAAUAUUGAAAAGAAAUAAUUAUCUAAAACCCGUAACUCCGGCUGAAGAACUCGAACAACAUCUACAAGAAAGUGUUGAGGAAUUACAGAAAACUGUUGAAAAUUUAACUGUACAAAAGCAAACAACAACUGAUCGUUUAUCUAGAAUUCAAAGUGAAAAUACAGAUUUAAAAAAACGACUUUUAGCGCUCGAAGACCGUUUUCAAGAUAUCGAAGGACAUCAAUCCCGAACAACACACAGUGACCAACAAAAAUUCGUCGAAUCUAUUAAUCAAAUAGAUCGAACUUUUCUACAAGAGAAGGAAAUCCUACAAUCAAGAAUUAGUGCAAUUGAAGCUGAACUUAAAAAUACACAAACAACAAACGGGCAAAUGAAGAAAGAUGUCACACAAUUAAAACAGAAACUCGAUGAUGUCGAUGUUCAGCUGCGUGACAGUCAAGUUCGAUGCGAUGAUUUAUCUGAAGACAAUGAAAAACUAUUACAACAAUUACGUCUUCAACGUAAACAACUCGAAGAAGAAAAAUUGCGAAAUGCACAUCUUGCCGAACAACUCACAUCUGAAUCAUCGAGAAAAAUUUUCGCUCAUACAUUGAGUCGAACGGAGGAUAUUAUUAAAACCUCUGAAAUACGUAUUCAAGAGCUCGAUGCUCAAGUUCAAGCACUAAAAUUAGAAAAUGAAAAACUUCUAAGUGAAAACGAAGAAUUACGAGAACGUGCUGUUAUAGACGGUAUUGAUGAAGGUCGCCGAUUGAUGAACAGUCAUAGUUCGUUAUCCUAUGCUGCUGAACUCGAAGUUCUAUCGAAAGACGAGUUGAUGAGCAAAUUGAGAGAUCAACUGAUGGUGAAUGAUCGUCUACGUCAAUAUAUCGAACGAAUGCUAAGUGUAAUCAUCGAAAAUAGUCCUCAAUUACUUGAAGUGACGAUGAAUGCUGGUGCAAAUAUCGUUCCCAUGAAACCACCAAUCAAUCAUCGAAUAGAACCAUCGAAUGAAAUAAAAACUAGCUCUCUUACUCCCGAACCAGUAAUCGAGGAACCGUUACCUGCACCGACUCCGAAGAAACAAACAAAUGACAAUCACGAAAAUUCUAAGAUUUCAAAUUUUCGUCACGAUACAAUGAGUUUUUUGGGAAAUAUUAGUAAAAAAGCUGUCGAAAAAGCCUAUAGUCUUGCGUCGAAAGUUGAAGGUGGUCGUGACUAUUUUACUUCAGCUACUCAUACAGUUAGUUCAUUAGUUGCAGGCAAAAAUCCACGUGUUUAUCUAAAGCCUGACAAUGUAAUUCAAAUUAUCUCUCGAUCAUCAGGUCGCACAAUACAAAUUGUAGUGUCACAAACAACUAAUCAAUUGAUAUGUGAUGCUAUUGGCGGUACCGGAUCAGAUUAUCCAAAUGCUCAUUGGCUUGUUGUAUGUACUAAAAAUGGUCAUUAUUAUUUUCAUAAUAAUUAUAAUUAUCUUGCUAUACAAAACGGCAAAAUCGUCAUCAUUCCUUCAUCAAUCAACGACAAAUCUCCAGUCGAAGCUGAAUUCCUAGUACAAGAUGUUUUAGGUUCAGCUCAAGCUAUUUAUUUCGAAUCGGUACACAUGCCCGGAUAUUUUCUUGGUUUCAACGAGGAUGGCGAUCCAUCGAAUGCGCCGAAAAUACAAAGAAAAGAUCGCUCUUCGCAAUUCGAGACUCAUAUCAUUGCCUAUGGACCCGGUGUUCAACCCGAAACAGAUGAUACUAGAGUCGAAACACCUGCCGAACCAGCACCUCCAUCAUAUUGUGCAGCAGCUAGUGCAUCAAGCAAUCAAUCUGACACUCAAACAAAAUAA